AUGGCCAAUUUAUUCCGCCACGGGCUUUUCAAUUGCUUCUUUGAUGAUGAACCCAUUCUAAGGACCAAUGCCCUAAGAAUUCUCGGCUUGGUAGUGGACCAUUGGACCCUAGCAUGGCAAGAUUACCUUAGGACAUCAUCCGGUUCCUCAAUGUCGCCGAGAUUAGCAAGACCACCACUGGUGAGACAGCAAAGCAAUGGCUCUGGAGCAUCACCAGCGCCGCCUUCUUCCAGGAAUAUGUUAAGACGGGAUUCCAGUUUUAAAAUGCACUUUGAGGACGUAUUUGGGGUAGACGGCGAUGAUUCAUCGACAUUGGACCACCUAGGGAGAAAAGACUCGAUAUACAAUUCGUUCUUGCCUUUAACACCCGAGAGGGACGAUGGCUGGACAACCUUAUCUGGGGAUUUCGCCGUAUCUCCAACAGACGCCUCCGGGGGCUUUGCUGAUGGGGCGGUCAGAUUUGGCAAUAAAUGGUUGGCCGAGCUUGAUUUUGCUAAUAGGGACCUCGCGUGGACUGGACACCAGGUGGCCGAUGAAACAUGGGGUGUUGAGGAGAUGAAAACAAAUCUAGAAAAUUUUUAUUCAUGGCUAUUGAGGUUUUCAAUUGAUUGUCCCUUCAAGGAUGUUAGGAAAGAAUGCAGGGCGAUCCUACAAAGAGCAGAGAAAGCCGGUGCACGCUUACCAGAAGUCCCUGUCCGAGGUCCCUCCUUCUUCAUUCCGUUGAAUGAAACCAUUGGACUGAAUUUUGGUCCAUGGACCCCAGCAACCUCAAACCCCAAAUCUCCAACAUCUUUUGACAUUCCGUCCGAAGAUGAAGAGGAUUGCAUCUCGUUCUCUCCCAGAGAAUCCAACGGAAACAUGAGCCCUGCUUCUGGAAUAAUGAUUCCUGAUCCAAAUAAGGGCUCGGCAAACAGAGAGCGUCCCCGUUCAACAUCACGUGGUAGAACUCCGAUCGGUUCUCUCAAUAGAGGUACUCGUCGAACUACCGUCUCGAUUGUCUCCUCACUCUUCCAGACUCCGCCGUCCCCGCCAAAUGGUGUUGGUACGUCCCACAAAGUCAAGAGACGCCAAGCACGUCGACCAAUGCCCAAAUACCUACCUAAGCCCAAGCCACCCAGUGAUGAAGUUAGGGCUCUUCAGGUUAACGCGUAUAUGCGUACUGGCAGGGUUGGUAAUCUCAACAAGAUACUCUUUUUCUUUCCCCGGUUUGCCGAAAUCAAUAGAGAGACCACAGAUCUGUUCCUAUCCGAUGAUUCAGGGAAUGGCCCGUUGCCACAGAAGUGGAGGAUAUACCUUGGAAUCAUCUCAUCGGCAGAGAAAAAGUGUCAAUACUACCUUUCGCUACUUUCGGAGAAAUUUCUCACAGUGCGAGGCGAUAGACAGUGGUUGAAGGGUCUUCAUUACACGCCUCCUAAAUUACAGAGGAUUUCCAAGUUAAAUAUGCUUCUAGCGCACAGACCCUGGACCAUUACUCCAGAUGACAUCAAGGAGCUGGUUCGUGGAGAAGAGGGUGGCAAUAUGGACCCGGAGCAAAGGUGGACCAUGGCGGAAGUUGUGCAAGCAAUAUGUAUUAUGAGUUUCUACCACUCCAAAUCAGCAAUGGCUCUAGCUUGGGCAAUACUACCGGAGGCAGACUUAUUGGGAGGGACAGUGAAAACUAUGGAAAAGUAUACGCCCGUGGCCCCUUUCGGAAGUUUAGCUACCACCUCCAUACCCACCGAACCAAGUGAGAAUUCCGGAUUUGUAAAACGGGAUGAAGAGUCUGGCAAGUCCGGGGUUUGUCGGAAGCGCCAGCAACAGGUGGCGGAGGGUCAAGAGCCCAUGGAAUUGCCUGAGAAAUGGAGAAAGACUCCCAACGGAGGGAUACCAUUUAUAUCAGAUCCAAACAGCCAGACAAGUCCAUUGCUCUCCUCAUCAAAGCCUGUGGAUGUGCCUACUGCCUCGCUUAUUAAGACACAGGCAACAUUAGGAACUGUGAAAGAGAGGGAAAGGCACCACCGCCGCACCAAGAGCCAGAAGCGCAGGAAAUCAUUCGAGGAAUGCGCAGCUAGUGAUGAUGCCCCACCCCCAGCUACAUGCCUCGGUGGGUUUUCUCUAUCCGCUCCAAACAGCUAUGUCCCGUUUUCCAGUCUUUCCAAUGGCAGACCGUUGCCAGCCCAAGCAAGGGAUUUUCUCAUUUCUCCCUCCAGCUCCACAAGUUCUCUCUUCGACACAAGUUUGCUCGGUGACCAAGUCCCCGCCAACAUCAUCGUGGAAGAUUAUGCUCGGUUCCUACACCCAGAGAGUUUGGACCAUGAGCACAAAGACUUUGAUCCAAAUUCGUACGAGUACGAAUUUUUACCUAUGGAAGAGUUUGAAUGGGAACGCAACGCCAGUAGCAUUAUCUCAGAUUAUCUUGAUGGGGUGGUUGAACUGUUGGACCGAUACUUCAAGGAAGCCCAGGAGGCAGACGGAGAAGAGGAUACCCUUUUCAGUGCUGCUGUGGAAACAUUGCCACCGAGAAAGAGACUGAAUGACGAGCCCUCCUCCGGUAGAGGUGACGACAGACCGUCGAGAGCCCCCUGCGAUGGCGAGUUUGACGAUUUGGAUUCUAGUCACGAUCACAAUUUGUCUGAACGCCACGAUCGUAUCGACAGAUCCUUCAAUUCAUCGGGCCGAUCUACCUCUUCUCCGCCCAGAUACGGUUUCGAGCCCCGGUCUUUCAAGGAAGCGGCCUGGUUUUAUAGUCUGAGGUUGUUGGGUAUCCAGAAGGACGACUUUAGAUACAGCGAGAUUAAGGUUCUGCUAGAUAAAGGCGCCAGGCGGUAUCUUAAGAGGAUAUGCGCCCAGCCAGACAUGGUCAGUCUAGCGGAUUGGGCUGGGGUUGGUCAAGGAAUUGGCGUGUUGAAGUGCGAAGAAAAGUGUUUGCUCUCAUUACUUGCGUGUCAAGCGCAAUUUAUGGGAGAAAUGCUUUGGGGGAUAAGGGCUGUCAGUGAGUACAUUGGCUAGUAGUCAGUGAGAUAUAAGUUCCGCCCGAUGUCAAUCUUCCCUUGCGAUUUUUUAUACCUUCUAUAGCAUCAAGGCUAUAGUGGUCUUUUUCUUUCUUUUAAUCACAUUUCUGCCGACCCCGCUUGGGAAACACGGUUAUCGAUGGUCUGUAUUUGGGAGCAUUUUCAUUACCACUCGUCUUAUUUUGUGCGCCUUUUCUUCAUACCGUCUUUUCUUCGCCAUGGAAGAUUGCACGUGUGAAAUUUUUACACUUCAUUACAAAUUCAACACCACAGUGGUAGCCAUCACGGGUUAGGGAGUGAUUGGGUUCUUUCGAGGGGUUUGGGAACCGGUGUUCAUAAGGGCUUGACAUUUAUUUUCUCUUCAUCUUCUAAUCUUCAUACCAGAACUCUACCCACGCCCGUUUCUUCGUUUUUUUACCCCCACCCCCCUCCUUCCACUAUUUCCUAGUUAUAGUCAUUUCUUCCUUUCCAUGGGCCCUUUGGCUAAGCAACUGCGGUUGGGAGUGGCUUGCAUGUUUUUUGCUCACAAACAUUUUUUACCCUUGGUGGGAAUGAAAUCAAAAGUCUUUUCCAUUUAA